UAUGAAGCUCCUGCUUGCAGUCUUUCUCGGCUUGCUGGCCGCGGUGUCGUCUUCUCCCGUGAAGUCACUCAAGCAGGACUUUGUCGAGUAUUCCGCGGACCUCGUGGAGAAAAUCAACUCGAUGGACACAACAUGGAGGGCUGGACGCCACUUUGCCGGUGAGACUGCUGCGUCGGUACUGGAUCGUUUCAGCACAGCCGGGUUGUCACUGGAGAAAGCCCCCAAGCUCCCUGUAGUCGAAUACGAUAGAGCUGGUGCCAUACCCACAGAAUUUGACGCUCGUACUAAAUGGCCAAACUGCCCGUCCAUCGGCCGCGUCAAUGACCAAGGCCGCUGCCGUGCAUCCUGGGCUUUCUCUGCUGUUGGGGCAAUGACAGAUAGACAGUGCAUUGUUCAUCCGUCCGCCCCAUUUAAUUACUCUGUCACGGACGCUGUGACCUGCAACGUGUUUCAUGAAGUUCCUGAUGGCUGUGCUGGGGGCUACAGUGCUGACGCUUGGUCAACAUGGGUCUUAGAUGGACUUGUGAGCGGAGGCGGGUACCAUACAUCCAACGGCUGCAGACCGUACGCCUACAAGCCCUGCGAUCACUACGAAACGGGUAGCUACGGCCCGUGCGAGAGUCCACCUGAUUCAACUUACUGUAACAAAACCUGUAUAAAUGGCUACACAAAGACGUACGCAGAGGACAAGAAGAAAGGUGACUAUAGGUACGAUCUUCCACUUAACGAGACUAUUAUUCAGGAGGACAUUAUGACUAGCGGCCCCGUGUCAGCGGACAUGAAUCUCUACCAAGAUUUUCUGAACUACCGAUCAGGUGUGUAUCAACACAAGACAGAGACUCGAGUUGGUCUGCUCACGGUCAAGAUCAUAGGUUGGGGCGUGGAGAACAAUCAGAAAUAUUGGCUCUGUGUUAACUCCUGGAACUCUGAGUGGGGCGAUAAAGGAUUGGUCAAGAUUCUCCGUGGUACUGAUGAGUGUGGUUUAGAAGCCAAUGUACAUGCAGGAAAAGUGAUUCAGUAACAACUAUCGCGGGAUCCAGACUUCUUUAUUGAAAAACACAAUGUAACACAAUGUUAUACUUGUACCAGUGGGUUAAGACACACCCCCAAUCUGCAGUGCUAUUUACACAGCUUGUUUAAAUAAAAAAAGGCAUAAUGAUAUAACGAUCUGAAUUAUUAUGAGUAUAGUGGGAACGCAGCACAAAUUGUUUAAAAACUAUGCUAUCGUAAAUAAAUUGUAACUGCUUUUGAAAUUCUUGGUGAAAGGAAGAUAUGGGUAAUUAAUCUCAGUGUAGCCUAACCAUAGCAUCACUGUUAUUUCAAUUCUAAUGAAUCGUUACACAGCCUGUAUAGCUCAGGAAUAUGUUAUAAUCGAGUAUAUAUCGUACAAAUUUGGAAUGUGAAUCUGAAAAAAAAAUACCAGCCGCAAAUUCUUCUAUUUUCUAGAAACCCGUUUCUUGUAUGCUCCUUUGCCAUUAAACUUGUAAACCAUGCAUUUAAUUUAAUUAAUAAG